ACCUCACCAAAAUCCAAGUGACCCUAGAAGCAAUGGCUCUUCAAGUUCAACCAUUAUCCUCACUUUUAAAGGAAUUGCCAAACCAGCUGAGUACCUCUUACAUAGCCAUUUUUUUCUUCUUCUUAACCCUCUUUUUUGUGCUUAAUAACAAAAGAAGAAGAAACAAGUCCAAUUUGCCUCCUUCCCCACCAAAACUACCCAUAAUUGGAAACCUUCAUCAACUGGGCACUCUCCCACACCGCUCCUUCCAAACACUGUCUCGCAAGUAUGGCCCUUUCAUGUUUCUGCAAUUAGGCCAAACUCCGACUCUUGUGGUUUCAUCAGCUGAUGUCGCCAAAGAAGUUUACAAAACCCAUGAUGUUGCUUUCUCCAAUAAGCCUCAGACCACAGCCGUGAAAAUCAUCAUGUAUGGGUGCAUAGACGUGGCAUUUUCACCCUACGGGGAAGAGUGGAGACAGAAAAGGAAGAUCUGUGUUCUUGAGCUUCUAAGCAUCAAAAGGGUGCGAUCCUUUCAGUUCAUUCGAGAGGAAGAAGUUGCAGCCAUGCUUGGUGCCAUACGUGAAGCAUGCAGCGCGGGUAAAACGUCUUCUUGCGUGAACCUGACUGAGAUUCUGAUUGAAACCUCCAACAACAUAAUGUCUAGAUGUGUUCUUGGAAGAAAGUACGAUAACCCAGAUGGUGGAAUCAGCUUUGGAGAGCUAGGAAGGAAGAUGAUGAAACACCUAGCCACUUUCUCGGUGGGAGAUUUCUUUCCUUUGUUAGGUUGGAUUGACGUUCUUUCUUGCCAAAUACCAGAAUUUAAGGCCACUUUCAGGGCAUUAGAUUCUUUCUUUGAUCAGUUAAUUGCUGAACGCAAGAAAAUAAUGAAGAUGGACAGUUACCAACCUCGUAACAAAGACUUCGUGGACUCACUCCUUCAGAUUCAAGAUGGUGCAGGAAACCAUGAUUUUCAGCUUACACACGAUGACGUCAAGGCAAUUCUAAUGGACAUAUUUGCUGGAGGAAGUGACACUACUUCAACACUUCUGGAAUGGGUAUUUGCGGCGCUCUUGAAUAAUCCUGCUACCAUGAAGAGAGCUCAAGAAGAAGUAAGAAGAGUUGUCGGGCAGAAACUAAAAGUGGAAGAGAAUGAUUUGAAUGAAAUGAGUUAUCUGAAAUGCGUAGUGAAAGAAACUCUGAGAUUAUAUCCACCUGCUCCUCUUUUGAUACCCCGAGAAACUUUAUCCGAUGUAAAAGUCAAAGGUUUCGAUAUUCCAUCCAAAACAAGAGUGUUUGUGAAUGCAUGGGCGAUUCAGAGGGACCCUGAAAUUUGGAACAGGCCUGAAGAGUUUCUUCCCGAGAGAUUUGAAGAAGAGCCCGAAGUUGAUUUUAGAGGAAAUGAUUUGCAGCUUAUUCCCUUUGGUUCUGGGAGAAGAGGGUGUAUUGGAAUUUCGUUUGCACUUGCUUCCACUGAGUUUAUGCUUGCUAAUCUCCUCUACUGGUUUGAUUGGAAGAUUCCUCAUGAGAAUGGUAAACCAGUGCAAGAUGUAGACAUGAGUGAGAUAUGGGGACUCACUGUCAUCAAGAAAGUACCACUUCAUCUUCAACCUCAACUACACUCAUUUGGUGUCUACAAUUAAUGCUCUUUCACUUCGUUUUCUCUUCUGUUGUCUUUAAAAAUGGUUUUUAUUUUCCCUUUUGUUCUA